ACUCUCACGGCCUUGGCGUUUCGCAGAGAUUUUGUGGAAAAUAGAGGCUGUGCUUUACUUAUUUCGGUAGUUUUGAAGAAUAUAUGAGCUCUUCCACUAGCAGAGCAGUCGUUUAUUUCAGUACAUCAUCCGGUGCAUGUGUGUUUACUCUCGGUGUCUUUGAAAGCACGCUUUCCUCAUGCUAGUCUUUGUAUGUAACGUUCCUGAGCGAUUCUGGAAGACAUCAGCUCGACUCCAGCUGCUUUCAUUAAACUGCGCUUUGCUUCCUCAGGGUUGCGUUUUUGGCUUAAAUAAACUGUAGUUUCUUAAUGGCUUCACGCUUGUUGUGAACUUUAUUCAAAAAAAUUUGCGAGAUAAUAGCAACCGCUGAAUUGCUAGCUGCUAGCUAGCCCGCUUCACUCUCAGUCGGCGUGUUGGAGCUGCUGGAAAAUGUCCGAUUUUGACGAGUUUGAGAGACAGCUGACAGAAAACAAGCAAGCGGAUAGAGACAAGGAGAACAAGCACCACCGGCGCAGUGGCUCGAGAAGUCGCAGCAGAGACCAGGACAGGAAAAGGAGGAGCCGAGACAGAGAAAGGAGAGGAGGCAGCCGAGAUCGUCAUGGAGACAGCAAGGACCGCAGACACAGACGCAGUCGCUCUCCGCACCGUGAGAAGAAAAAGAUUAAAGUAAAAAAAUAUUGGGAUGUUCCUCCUCCUGGAUUUGAACACAUCACACCCAUGCAGUACAAAGCCAUGCAGGCUGCUGGUCAGAUCCCGGCCACUGCUCUGCUACCCACAAUGACCCCCGAGGGUCUGGCUGUGACCCCAACACCUGUUCCUGUUGUGGGUAGUCAGAUGACUCGACAGGCCCGGAGGCUUUAUGUCGGCAACAUCCCAUUUGGCAUCACAGAGGAGUCUAUGAUGGACUUCUUCAAUGCUCAGAUGCGUUUGGGUGGCCUGUGUCAGGCCCCAGGUAACCCAGUCCUUGCUGUUCAGAUCAACCAGGACAAGAAUUUUGCCUUUUUGGAGUUUCGUUCGGUGGAUGAAACGACACAGGCCAUGGCAUUUGAUGGCAUAAUUUUCCAGGGACAGAGUUUAAAGAUUCGUCGACCACACGACUACCAGCCUCUGCCAGGCAUGAGUGAGAAUCCCAGUGUCUAUGUCCCAGGCACGUCUCUCUUUUGCUCCCCCAAUUCUUGCGUCGUCUCCACGGUGGUGCCUGAUUCGGCCCAUAAACUCUUCAUUGGCGGUCUGCCAAAUUACCUCAACGAUGACCAGGUCAAGGAAUUACUGACAUCAUUUGGCCCACUGAAGGCCUUUAAUUUAGUGAAAGACAGCGCAACAGGCCUCUCUAAGGGCUAUGCCUUCUGUGAAUAUGUUGACGUCAAUAUCAGUGACCAGGCACACUGUUUACUAUCACAGGCCAUCGCAGGGCUAAACGGGAUGCAGCUGGGUGACAAGAAACUCCUGGUCCAGAGAGCAAGCGUCGGCUCCAAAAACACCACACUGACUGGUAUAAACCAGACACCAGUUACCCUUCAAGUUCCAGGUCUCAUGAACAGCUCGGUGACUCAGAUGGGUGGCAUUCCCACAGAAGUAUUGUGUCUGAUGAACAUGGUGGCUCCAGAGGAGCUGCUGGAUGAUGAAGAGUAUGAGGAGAUCGUGGAAGACGUCAAAGACGAGUGCUCCAAAUACGGCCAGGUCAAGAGCAUCGAGAUCCCACGUCCCGUUGAUGGCGUGGAAGUUCCUGGCACUGGAAAGAUCUUUGUGGAGUUCAUGUCAGUGUUUGAGUCCCAGAAGGCAAUGCAAGGCUUAACAGGAAGGAAAUUCGCCAACAGAGUGGUGGUGACUAAAUACUGCGACCCUGAUGCCUACCACCGCCGCGAGUUCUGGUAGAGACAGGACAGAAUCCAGAGUGAGAGAGACUCGGAGAGAUGCAGAUGGUGUGAUAUGAAUCUCUCGGAAGCCCCUUAUUUUGUAGAUUUAUGAGGUCUGAGAGAGUGUGAGCUUUUUAAAAUCUGGCAGACUAAAGCAUGACUUGUGAUUGGUCAGAAUGUAGCGAACCAAUCAUUUGUCAUGUUUUUUGUUUUUUUUAUGAUGAUGAUGACAACAACAUUGAAAUAUGUGCAAAGCUUUAAGAUGGGAAAAUGGACCGUACCAUGUCAUUAUCUACAGAAAAGGAUUCAGUUAGACAUGCCACUAAACUUCCAGCUUAAUUUUGGCCCAUAGUGAAUUUACCAUGUCACUUUGUCUCGAUGUUAAAUUCCUGCUCUAUCAUCUGUACAGCUCACACACUGGUCAGAUAGGAGUGAAAGGAGGAUGUAAAGGAGCAAGUGAGGAAAGAGAAAUGAUGACAACUACAAAAAUGAAUGUUACACUCAAACAAGAAGGUGAGAGGGGGUAUUUCAGGAGAGAAGUCUUUGUUAUUUGAAUAUGGUUUUAUAUUUAGGCUGUGAAUAAGGUUUCAUGUGAAAAAGUGUUGAGGAUAAAAAGCCAGAGGAGUUUCCACGUCGUCUUUUGACACCAUACGUUUAUAAGGCCAAGCUGCUACAGGCUUCUGUCUUGUAGAGGGUGAUAAUUACCAAUUACAUCUAUACUGUCCUCUACUUUCCCCCGCCUCCUCUGUCUUUUACCUGCUAUCGCUCCCUCCUUUUAUAAUAGGUGUACUGUUUUUCGUAAACCCUAUUUUCCUGGCCCAAUCUAACCAAAUUUAUACACAAUGAAAAAGAUACUUGUCUUUUUUCUGUUUGUUUUUUCUUCUUCUUUUUUAUACAUUCUGUAUCUAACUGUCCACUGCUGUUUUUUUAAAAAAUGAGUUGAUUUAAUACGAUGCGUUUAUGUAUGAAGACCAGAGAAAGUUCUGGUGAAAUAAACUCAAUGCGUUUGAAUUGA